CCGGCGGCCAUUGUGAGUUUUGACAGCCGAGGUGGAAAAAGAAGAAGAAGGAGAGGCCAUUGCUACGUCUGCGGCGAUAGAGACAUUCUUUGCGGAGUGAUUUUGUGCUUAAAUACUGUGAAAGGGACACAAAAAGUGGUGUAAGAGGUGAGAAAACGUGUCCACAGAGACAAUCACAAGUGAUACGUUGGACAAAGUGUCAAUUUGUGCCCAGAAGACUUGUGGAAAAAUCCAUUGCAAAUGUCAGCAGGCGUGUCAGAUCAGCGAAUGAAAGGACAAGGAAAUCAAGAUCAUAGCGAUGAAUAUGAAUCGUGGAGACACCAACCGGGAAAUUAUGUACCAACGGAUCACAACAAUACAGGAGCUCAAUUCCAAUAUCCACCAUUUGGCGUAAGCGAUGGCACCUGGUCGAGCGGAAAUGAGAAUUUAGCAAUUCUAGGCGGAUACUCAGCAGCGCAUGAUAACUAUGGCGUCGACAUGUUUGGUCCGUCCUUUGGACAACAAUCCUCGUACAACUACUUCCCGGGGAACGGGGACUACAACACGUGGGGCUCACAGCAGGUUAAUGCGAAUGCGGGUGGACCACAGCAGCAGCAACAGCAGCAGCCGCCGCCGCCGCAGCAGCAACAGCAGCCGCCGCAGCGCAAGCACUAUGAUGACUACUACAGAGAUCAGGCAUAUGCGCACGACAGUCUCAAGGCGAUGGAGCAGGGUAUGCAGGGACUGGGACUCGAGAUGGCGGGUGGUCAGCAUCACGACAAGGAGGCCACAUCGAACAGUGUCAAUUCCAAGGCGUCCCACCACGAUCACCCGUCUCAUCAGCCGAAAGAAAGUGUCCCCAAAAAGAUGACAUGGGCCUCGGUGGCGUCGCAGCCCGCCAAGCCGCAGGUGAACACGACCACGUUGACGGUGAAGAAGAAGGGUCCUGGCAUGCCGCCGCCGCCGAUGGUGCCGGGCAAGCACAAUCUGGACAUCGGCACGUGGGACUCGCCGUCGAAGAAUGGCCCACUGGUGCCGCCGCCUGUGGUGACGGCGCCCCCGCCACCUGUCGUCCCAUCGCCGCUGGUGGUGAAUAAUCAAAAGGCCGCCGGCCAGCCGAGCGCUUCCACCAAUCACCCGGGCAUGGGGCCACCGCCGCCGCAGAUGCACCAGAACAUGGGACCGCCGCCGCCCAAUGAUGGACCAAACAAUCAAAGCAUGCGCCCAGCCUGGUCAGGGCCCAACAGACCGCCCAUGCAAGGACAUCCGGGCAUGGGCAUGCCGCCGCCGCCGCAUCAGCGAUCCAUGGGUCACGGCAGCCACGGUGGUCAAGGUCCUCCGCCGAUGAUGAUGUCGGGUGGAUAUCAAGGACCGCCGCCGAGUCAUCAGCAGGCAAUGCCCCCGCCGCCGGCGUCGGGAAAAAUGCCACCACCGUCACCAUCGGCGAUGUCCGCCAGCGGCGUCGUGCCGGCCAAUGUUCUCGAGAAGCUGCGGGACAAGAACAACUACAAUCCGCUGGAGCUUGACCUCGACAGAGUAGCUAAUGCGAGAUUUUUCGUGAUUAAAUCCUACUCUGAGGACGACAUACAUCGUAGUAUUAAAUAUGAAAUCUGGUGCUCCACUGAACAUGGCAAUAAGAGACUCGAUCAGGCGUUUCGUGAGCGUGAACGUGAGACUGGCGUAGUGUAUUUGUUCUUUUCCGUGAAUGGAUCCGGACACUUUUGUGGUAUUGCCCAGAUGUUGAGCAAUGUGGAUUACAAUUCGAAUUCGAGUGUGUGGUCGCAGGAUAAGUGGAAGGGCACGUUCAAAGUGAAGUGGGUGUAUGUGAAGGAUGUGCCCAAUAUGCAGUUGCGCCACAUUCGCUUGGAGAAUAAUGAGAACAAAUCUGUGACGCACUCGCGUGACACACAAGAGGUGCCCCAUGCCAAGGGGAUUCAGGUGUACAAGAUCAUCCAUGCCUACAAGCACACCACGUCGAUCUUCGAUGACUUCAUACACUAUGAGAAGCGCCAGGAGGAGGAGGACUCGCGCAAGCACGUCGAGCCGCCGCCCAAUCAGCCGUACGAGCGACACUUUGGCAACCACAACAGUCCAUACGACAAGCCACACCAUGGAUAUGAGCGCGGGGGUGGCGGAGGUGGAUACGAUAAGCCGCCGAUGAAGAGCUACAGUCGAGGUGGCGGAUACGAUGGGAAGCAACAGUACAGCAACUACGACAAUCGUCGUCCUCCGCCACCGCCGAAAGAUCACUACGAUGGAGGCUAUCAUCCUCGUGAUCCCGGACAGCAGGACUACAACAGUCGCAACAACAACCGCGAGCCGCGUCCGAUGGAGCGCCACGACAGCGGCGGCAGCGGCGGCGGUGGCUACAAUCAUCGCGACGGCGGUCGAGGAAUGGGCCACAGAGAGCAUCACAGGGGUGGCCGCGGUUCCGGUGGUGGCAGCAGAGGACAUCGCAACUAGAGUGUUUUCCCUUCUUGCUCUAUCUUUUGCGAACACUGCGUUUGAUGAUAUCAAUUGAGUGUUAUUUUCUUUCGCCUAAAACAACAACAAGCAACAAUUUAUUAGAGAGAGAGAGAAUGUGUGUGUGAGGCACAAAUGACAGCGCGUGGAAGUGUAUUAGCGAAAUCACACAAAGGGGAAUAAUGAUGAUGAACAGUUGUUUCAAUAGUGAGGGGAAAAUGGACAUUUUGAAAACAAUUGAAAAAAGAUGUUUCCUAUAUAAGAAGAAAGAGAAGAUGUUUAAUCAAUAUUUGCAUCAUAAUACAAAAAAGUAUAUAAAAGCAUAAAACUAACUCUCAGUGUCCUUUUUCAGAGAUAAAAUGAACAUUUAAUAACAGUUGGAUUGCUCUCAGCGCUAAAAGAACAGAGGAUGUUGUGUGUAACUUUUGUCAAAUUCAACGAUGUUUUAUCAAAACUUAGUGAUAGUGCGACGAGGGAGCAAAGUAGAUAAAUGCAAAGUGUGUGAAGAUCGCGUGUGACUAAAUCAAAUGCUGCUAAAUAGACUUCUCCGUGGAGGAGCAUCUCUAAUCGAAAUAGUUGUGCAACACUUUAAUGAUAAAAAUGAAAGUAAUUUCGUUGGUUUCCUAAAUACGAUAAGCCUGACACGAUGAAUAUGUUCAAUAACUUCAAAAGAAUAGUAAAAAAAAAGAGAAAAACCUCCAGAGGAAAUGGCUGAAUUUUUCUUACAAUUGGAGGCGUUCAUAAGGAAAAUGUGUGUGAAAUUGUGACUAAGUGUAGAGGAAUGUUGGACAUUUUCUUCCUUUCCCGCAAGACAGUGUUUAGCAUAUUUCAGGACUCAAAGAAAGUAAAUGAUAACUUGAUGGAACCACACGCAACUCGCCGACAAAAGGAGCAACAAAAUCAUCUCUUCGUUUUAUACAAUAAAUAAAUGAAACACACGCGUUUCAGAGGUAAAAAAAAAGUAUGAGAACUUUUAAAUUUAAGUCCUAAACUAAUGUCAUGAAGUAAACAAUUUAUUUUGUACGUACAAUUAAGUCUGGCUAGAGAUAGGAAAAAAUAAAACACAAAGAAAACGAUGAAGGAUUUAAGAGAAGUUCUCUUUGAAAUGAGAUUGAAAUUGAUUCAUUGUACACUCUACGAAUGUUUAAUGUUAAGGAGAUGAUGAGGAUUGGUUGGAAGAUGAACAUCUUAACGAUGGAUGAAGAGAGAAAAAUGUAUUGCGAAGGACGACGCAGUAAAAAGGAAAAGAAAAGAAAAACAUUGUCAAAAUUAUCCUAAGAGGUGAAGAGAGAGUAUAAUUAAAGUCUUAAAGAUAAUCUAUAUAAAAAUUACUAUCAUGUCCAUUUCAUAUUAAAGAAGAAGAAGAAAAAACUAUGUAUUAAAAUUUGUCAAAUGGCAAGAAUAUUGUGAAGAGAAUUGUUUAACAUUUUUAUUAUCUUUUUGCAUUGAGACUGCACAGAGGAAGAUUUAUUAGGAGAGCGCGAAAGUGUGUGUAUAAUUUCUUGUAGAUUAUUUGCAUAAAAAAUAUGAACAGAGAGUUGAUGCUUGUAGAAAUUGAGAUGAGACGAUAAAGAGAAGAGAAAAAAAAACAUGAAGAACAAUAAGUACAAAUUUGUUGACAUAAAAGAAGCCCAAGUAAAGGAAAUAAACUCCAAAAGCAGCAGAUAGGACACAAUUUUUUAAAUAGACACUGUUUUAUGGAUAAACUUUUUGUGUUUCGUAACGAGAGAUAUAAGAAAGAGGGAGGGAGAAAGAGGCAUUGAUAAUUUGUUGUGUAUAAAUUAUAUUCGUCAAUAGUGGAAGACCUUUUUGAAUGAUCCCUGAUAUGCAGUUUUUUUAUUGUGUAGGAAAGGAUGAAAAGUUUAAUGGGAAGGCGUUGAGAGUGCAAAAUGAUUAAUAAAUAAAAAAAAAUAUG